UUUGGAAGCGACCCGGGAGAUCGGGGUUCUAGUUCCCACUGCCAUGAAGCGCACUGGGUGACUUUGGGCCGGUUACUCAGUCUCAGCUGAGCCUACCUCGCAGGGAUGUUGUGAGGAUAAAAUGGAGAAAGGGAGGCCCGUAUAAGCUGCUUUGCAGGUGGUUAAAGGAUGGGAUGUCGAUGUAGUUAACAGAAGAUCAUGCAGUGCCUUCACUCAUUUGUGGAGCCACUUCUUAUUCCCACCCAUGAAGAAGUAUUUCUGCGGUGGAGUUGGGAUGCUAGCCAUCCCCUGUGAUCCACUAGAGGAUCCAAGCCACCCGUUGAGGACCACGUUCUCAGCUGCUUCAGAGGUGGCUAUGUUUGGGCUGAAGGUGGGUCCUGCAUCUAAAAAGGCUGAAGUCUUUUGGCCUGGAAUAUAACCGCUCUCCUUGCAGUUGCAGAUUGAUAGUGGCUAGCGAGUUGCUUUUCUGAUAGUGGCUAGCAAGUUGCUUUUCUGAGAAGUCGCUUUUCUGAGAAGUCGCUGUCACUGAUAAGCUGUCUAGGAACUUGGAGACUUUCCUGAAACACGGUUUGAGUGUGCUUUUACAUUACCAGAAGGACUCUGCACAAUUUCUUGUGCAUGUGAGCCUUUUUUGAGGGUUUACUGUAUCAAUUGCUAUGUAAAAAUGAGCAAUAAUAGAUUACGAUGGACACAAUAUGAAAGUAGAGGAUAUUAUAAACUACUAUUGAUGUCCCAGUUGGAUCUAGAAAUGAGAAGUAGGUGGUAUGCAAGAGAAAUCAUGAACUAGGAGGCAUAAAAUAGUCCUGUGACUAGAAUAGAGCCAUAUGCUUGUAGGGAUUCCUGAUUAUCGGAUGCCAGGAAUAUCAGAAAAGGGUGGCCAAACACUUUGUGCCAUGCUUGUGAGCUUCUUUUAGAAGCUUCUUCAAAACCAGGGGAAUGCAAGAUCAACCUUUUUUUGGAUCAGAUCAACUGUCCAUCUAAGAUUAGAAUUUUUUCAGUAGUGGUAGCUGGAUAUUUUUGCAGAGCUUGCAAACAGGGCAUGAAAAGAACAGCAGAUGGAGGGUUAUUCCAUUGCCAUCUCUCUGGCCACUGCAGCUUUUUGUGGUCACUAGCUUUUAAACUGUAGUUUUGUACUGCGCCUACGUUUUUUUUUUGCUUUCAUUUCCUCUGCAUCACUUUACAUUGUCUUCACCCUACAUCUUAACCUUUAGAAAUUUCCUGUUUCCUCACAUCAGACCUUACCCCUUUGCUUUUGAUGUUCCUCUGAACCCUGUUGUCAUACUUUGCCUUUUUGGAUGGAUGCUCUUUAUCAUUUUGUAAUUCUUUAUGUUUAUGUUAUGCCUUUUGUAUAAUUCUGUAAUCAUACUCUACUGCUCUCUUUCAUGUACAGCUGUGUUUGGAAAUACAUGCAUCGCUUUGAGUGGCUAGCAUAGUCCUACCUGUAGAAUUUUAUCUUAGAAGAAGAGAUUAUUGCUUUAGUUUUGGAAACGUUUUUGUUGCUCCAGCUAGACAGCAGGCAUUAAUUAACAGCUGUGUCAGUCAUCUUUAUUGUAAGUCUCUCUUUCAGUAUGAAUGUGCUGUUGUGUCCCAAUGAGUGAGACUAUGCCCACUUUGGGUGAUUUACUCUUUUCUCUGAAGUGAAUUUUCAUUUGUGUUCUGAAUACCCGAACCCUCUUGUAAUGCUUUCUCAUUUCAGUUUCACUUUUUCUUUUUCCUUAUCCACUGAUGCAGUUUCUUCAUGCAUAGGGUGGUGUGGGUCAAGGCCCAUGAAAGCCCACAGUACAUUUGUUCAUCAUAAGGGGUCACUUGUAGGGCUUUGCAGACUAAUAGAGUUUUGGCCUUUAUGUUUGAGGAUGAGUGGGUAAACCUCUAAGAUACCAUAGUUUCAUAGGCAAUAAAUAGCCAUUUCAGGAUGCUGAACAUCUCCAGUAUUUUUUGAUAUACUAAUCUAAUGACCUUUGUGUAUAUAAUCUUUGAAAUGUCAGCCACAGUAAAAGUUGGUUUCUGCUGACAACCCAAAUGUAUUGCUGUGUUUAAGUGGUGGGUUAAUGAGUGGGAAAGGGUAUGUGUGAAUGAAGCUAAGAUUGCUGUUCCUGUGAAUGCCAGCCUACAGCAGGCAUUUGAGGAGUGACUUAGCUGCCCCAAACAAGCAGUAGCUGAGGAGGGUGGCCAGCUGACUGAGAGAUCUGUUCAAAAGUGAGCUCUUGUUUUAACUUCAGAAUUUCUUAAUCCACUGUAUUUCUGUUUUUCAAUACUUCAGAAAUGGUAUUUCCAGAUUUCCAAGGAAGGGUCAUUUUCAUUUAUGUAGAGGAAUUUCAGCUCUAAAAAUAAAAAUUGUUUCCGCUGUGAUUACACAUAUGCAAUCAGGGUGGUGUCCAUCUGGAGGUACAUAUAGAUGGGUGUGUCUGAGUAGAAAAGCUGUCACAUACACUUUUUAGAUACUGAUCUAUAUGUAUAUAUUUUUUUCAUGCAGGUGUUGGUAACCUGAAGGGCAUUGUGUUGAUCACACUCUAUAUUUACAGUUUUUCCUUGUGAAACCCAUACUGCAGUAUGGCUGCUUAAGCCCCUUGAAAGGGACUAGAGUCUGAAGUCUGGGACAUAGUUUUGUGCAUUAAUACUUAAAUUGUUUUUACUGUUAUCUAGGGGAGCUUCUACUUAAUAAACAUGUUCUAUUAUAUUUUAAAUAAUAAGCAUAAAAUGGAGUCAUUCUCUACAGAGCAUCAUAGUGGUGUUAAAUCCUUUGACAAUUUAGUACUCAUAAAACAACCUGGUUAAAAUUAUAUAGCAAAACUUAAGUGACAAUAAGGAGAAACACUGAUCCAGUGCUGUUCAAAGCUUGUUUGUAUCCACAGCAGGUUCAGUAGUAGUUGGCAGAGAUCCAUAUCCUUGCCUUAAUAGUUCAGUAACUUUGUGGAUAUUUUAGAGGGGCACAUCUUGAAUAUCUUCUUGAUGAGAGUUAAUGAAAAGACAUACUCAUUGAUAAGGAGCAGAUGUUUUUGAAUAUCCUAGGGAGAAUAACCUGAUUUAAGUUGAUUUUUCCUUAACAUAAAGUCUGCUACAUCUGUGUCCCACUGUUUCAGUCCUGCUUUUGAACUUAACAGGAGUUGGAAACCAAUUGUCUUGAUUUUAAUCCUGGCCCUAAACUGUUACUUGAGCAUCCUUUGAUGUGAGACUUGUGAACAAGAAUGCAUACUUAGGAUUAUAACCUUAGUUUCUUCAUGAUAAUUCCUUUAUUGUAAAAGCUUCCCCUGGCCCCAUUUAAAAUAGGAAUAGCGAUGCUGUUGUUGAUGAGGAAAAUAAAAUACUGUUCUAAAGAUGAGUAUGUUGUGCAAAAGAUGACAUACUGUUCAGGCAAAAGAACAGAACGUUCUGGAUGAAUACUAUAUUUAAAUUGGGUGCAUUUAAAAGAAAUUGCAUGUAAUGUUUUACUUUCAGGUUCUUAUUUUAUUAUGACCUGGAAGUUAAUCAGACUUGCACAAAACUAUCUCCCAGUCUUCAGACUCAUCCCUUACUCCUAUUCCAUUUCAUCAUCAUGAAUAUUUUGAGGUCACUCCCAUCCAAGCUGAAGAACAAUGGUGAUGUGAAUGAACUGAAGUAUGACCUUUCCUGUGAGCUCUAUAGGAUGUCCACCUUUUCAACUUUCCCUUUGAAUGUGCCAGUAUCCGAGAGGAGUCUUGCCCGUGCUGGUUUCUAUUACACCGGACUGAAAGACAAAGUGAAAUGUUACAGUUGUGGCUUGAUGUUGGAUAACUGGAAAAAGGGUGACAAUGCUCUAGACAAACACAGGCAACUCUGUCCUAGCUGCAGCUUUGUUCAGAGUCUGACUUCAGGGAACAAUAUUGGCUCAUCAUUUAAUUCUGCCUUUUCACCGGCAGUUGCCUUUGGAGGCCUUUCUUCUUCGCAUUCCCCAACACAAGUGCCAUAUUUGGAUCAAGUUGGCUAUUUCAGUGGAAUUUUUUCCAGUUUUCCACAGGAUCCACUUACAUCCAGGGCAAUAGAAGAUCUGUCACAUCUGAGACCUACAGUCACCAAUUCUGCCAUGAGCAGCGAGGAAGUCAGACUGCUCACUUUCAAGAAAUGGCCCCUGACAUUUCUGUCACCCUCCUCUUUGGCAAAAGCUGGUUUCUAUUAUAUAGGGCCUGCAGACAAGGUGGCUUGUUUUGCUUGUGGCGGUCAACUUAGUAACUGGGAGCCAAAGGAUAAUGCUAUGUCUGAGCAUCGGAGGCACUUCCCAAAUUGCUCUUUUGUGGAACAAGCUCGAGACCAGCCCAGAUUCAUGGUCUCAAAUCUGAGCAUGCAAACCUAUGCAGCACGUGUUGGUAGCUUCAAAAAUUGGCCAAUGACAGUUCCAGUUCAGCCACAGCAACUUGCAGAUGCUGGCUUCUAUUACGUAGGUCGCAAUGAUGAUGUCAAAUGUUUCUGCUGUGAUGGUGGACUCAGAUGCUGGGAGUCUGGAGAUGAUCCAUGGAUGGAACAUGCUAAAUGGUUUCCAAGGUGUGAAUACCUAAUUCAUAUAAAAGGGCAAGAGUUUGUCCGUGAAAUUCAAGCAAGGUACCCCCAUCUACUUGAACAGCUGUUAUCAACUUCAGAUAUACCUGUGGAUGAAAAUGCUGGCCCACCAAUUAUUCAUUUUGAACCUGGUGACAAUGCUUCAGAAGAUGCAGUUAUUAUGAAAACCCAUAUAGUUGAAGCUGUUUUGGAGAUGGGAUUCAGCAGAAGACUAGUGAAACAGACUGUUCAGAGUAAAAUACUAACAACUGGGGAAAACUACAGAAACAUAAAUGACCUUGUGGCUGACCUUGUUACUGCAGAAGAUGAAAAGAAGGAACAGGAGAAAGACAUGCAGUCAGAAGAAAUGACAUCGGAUCUGUCCUUAAUCAGAAAGAAUCGGAUGGCACUGUUUCAGCGCUUGACAUGUGUGCUUCCUCUCCUGGAAAGUUUAUUAGCUUCUAAAGUAAUAACUGACCUUGAACACCAAGUUAUUAAACAGAAAACACAGACAUCUCUGCAGGCAAGAGAACUGAUUGAUACCAUCUUGGUGAAAGGAAACACAGCUGCAAGCAUAUUCAGAAACUGUUUACAAGAAUGCGAUCCUGUUUUAUACAAAGAUUUAUUUGUGGAAAACCACGUGACGUAUAUCCCAACAGAAGAUGUUUCAGGUCUGCCUAUGGAAGAACAACUGAGACGACUACAGGAGGAAAGAACAUGCAAAGUUUGUAUGGACAAGGAAGUGUCCAUUGUCUUCAUCCCUUGUGGCCAUUUAGUGGUAUGUAAAGAUUGUGCCCCUUCGCUCAGGAAAUGCCCUAUAUGCAGGGGAACAAUCAAAGGAACUGUGCGGACAUUUCUUUCGUGAAGGAGCUAAAACAUGACAUUUGCUCCACUACGUUUCAUUUUAUUGUUAAGCAUUAAGUACUCACUUAGGUCAUCCUGUUUUUUAAAGUGGCUGCAAGUCCAGACAGUCCAAAGAUCCCUAUACUAGGGCAAGAAUUCCAAGGGCAUUCCUUUGGGGUCAAUCAUUGUGCUUCAGGCAGUCAUGCAAAUUGCUAGCCCAGACAGGCCAGUCCUGUUCGAACUAGCCUCCUAGUGCCUUGGAACAAAAUGUUCUGACUUUAAGAUUGACCUGACAUAGGUUGUUACAGUUAAUGAUUAUAUGAACCAUUUGGAAAGUUCUGUGAAGAAACUACCUUCCAGUAUAGCUCUCGAUCCAAAAUGCCUUUUUUAUAUGGAAAGCCUUAUUAUAAAUAGCUGGAGCAUCUGUGCAGGAAUGCUUUUGUGCUUCCUUUCAUAUUGUUUGUAGAACAAACUAGGCAGCUACAAGGGUUGCACAUUAUUUCUUGUUAGUAUGUUUUUGUAUGGUACAUAAUAUGUGGAUGUAAUAUUAAAGAUAUGUCUUUGUGCAUAAA